AUGUCAUGCAACAGCAACGAAGCCAAAGAAGACUCCCUGGGUACCUCCUGCCCAGCGGUGCCCGCGCCUCGGCGUUUGCCUCCACGGGAGAGCACUCAUGGGAGUGGGCUCCCCUCAUCCGCCCCUGUUCCUGUUGCACCUUCUAGUACAGAAGAAAUUGAUUGGAAUAACAGAGAUUGGGAUAAUAGUCCACCAGCACCUAAGUCUCCGGACUCUGUCAAUGAAGAAAAUGUUGCUAGCUUUGAAGAGAUCACUCUGGAAAUGCUUGCGUUGCAGAAUCACGAUCCGAUUCAAAUUUACUACGACGUGGUAUCAGGAGCAGACUUUUCUAGACUUGUUCGAGAGUUCAAAGAACGUAUCAAGUAUUUGAGCAGACUACGUGAUUUGUGA